GUCUACCGCUAGCCCGGCCCCGGCCGAAAUGAAAGCCGGGGGAAACUGGUCCCCUAAUUCCCCGAAAUUGAGUGAGAGCGAGAGAUUGAGAAAAUGGAAGAACAUGGUAGUCUACGGACUCAUGCAGUGACACAAAUCGGGGUCAGAACUCGGGAGGAUGGGCGCGGCGUCGCCGCGUCAGGCAGAGGCGGCGGGCGGUGGGCGCGGCGUCGGGCGCGCCCGGCUGAGGCAGGCCGUCCUCGGCGACCCGAGGUGGCGGCGUCAGCACUCGGGCGUCGGCCGGAGGCGGCGACUCGGCGAGUUGAGCGGUGGCGUCGGGCCGCUCGAUCUGCGGGGAUGGCGCCGGGGACUCGGCGAGUUGGGGGCCGGUGGGCGGUGGCGGACCGGCGGUCGGCGGACACGAGGAGGCCGGAGGCGGCGUCGGCUCGGAGGAGUGACCGAGGGGAGACUGGCCGAGGGAGGCGGCGCAGGGCAGGACUUGGUGCUUGGUGGGGGCGUUCGGGCGUGGAAGGGGUGAUUAUCACUGUAUGGGGAAUGUGCAGCAAGACUCGGCAAGCUUGGUGCAUCAGCUGAGAGACCUGUGGGAGAGCCCUAGAGGGACAGUGCUCCGUAUUGAGGCAUUGGCAAUGGUGGCCAUCGCUCUCUCCUUCUUCCUUGCAGUAUUUGGAUCUUGCCGCCGCUGGUCCAACCGCUGGGUUCUCCAAAAGGGUUUCUGGGCAGCAAACUCAUUAUCUUUGUCCCUGGGGACAUACAGUAUUGGUCUGAUGCAAUCUUCAUCGGUGAAAAGUGAGAUGUACCCUGUCUGGGGUGUAUCCUUGCUCACCAUCUUUGGCUGCGUCGACCCAAUCACAUCCUACAGUCUUGAUUACAAUAGCCAGCUUUGGCAGAUCAUAUAUAAGAUCUGCCUUUACUGUGGAUAUGUCCUGCUGAUGAGUAUGUCAACCAUCUCCAAUCAAAUUGGUAAUGCAGCCGUGGGCGUGCUGUCCGCCGUGGCUUUCAUUAAGGCCUUUCACAGGUCGCUGGCGCUUGUGAUGCCAAUUGGAAUAAAAUAUAAAACAAAAAAGAUUGCAGAUCAUAUGUCUUCGGUAUUAUGGGACGAUUCUUACAGGACAGAGGACCUAUAUGGGUACCCCUAUGUGUUGGAUUGGUAUAUUGGCAAGGACAGGUAUAAGACACCCAUAACCAUAGAAGAAAUAUGGCAGUGCAAAGACUAUCAUGUCAGUAACUGCAGGGAUGUGUGCCUCUCCUACUCGUUGUCCAAUUUGUUACAACGCCGUUACUUUGGGUUCCAUUGUGCUGAAUCAGAGAAUCACAUGACCCAUGAUUUUGUCUUCAAAGGGCUUUUCCACAAAAGAGAUGAUGGUGUCCUCGAUUAUAAGAGGGCCUUCAAGGUUAUCGAAGUUGAGUUGGCUUUCGUGUACGACACCUUCUUUACUAGUAACACAUUCCUUCGUUUUAAUCAAGCAGAAGCUGCUAGUAUUUGGUCAUUCGCUUCAGUCAUUGGGAUAUGUUUUGUUGGAGUAAUGACUCUUAAUUCCAGUAUGAGGAGCACCGGCCGUAAUUCUGGUCGCACCAUUGUUGUGGGCACCACAAAAGCGGAUCUUAUAAUCACUCUAGUCAUACUGGUGUCCCUGGCUUUGGUGCAAUUAUUGCAGUUUAUUCGCUGUUGGACCUCAAAUUGGGCAAGAGUUGCAUUUGCCUACAGUUACAUCAAGAAUGAAGAGAAAGGAAACAAGUGGAUAAAUCCUUGGAUGGGAUUGAAGGCACAUCUUACCAGGAUAACUUGCUUUGACAGUUAUCUCUGGCAAAAUAAGCUCGGGCAGUAUUCAUUUGUUGAUGCACUUAGCAGGAGAAAGAGCUACUUAUUAAGGCCAUCCAGGUUUAGGGGCUAUCUAUGUUUGAUGUUUGGAUUGCAUUAUUUGGCAAAAGUGUUGCGUGAUAUGUUGUAUAGAGAGACAGGGCAUGCAAUCGAGUUGCAUGACGAUGUGAAGGAAUCCAUCGCUGAGUUUCUUUACAAAAAUGGGAACCACAUAAGGACCGAUGGUUCAACCUUCUUGGAUGAAAGUGGAUUAGGCUCAACGACGAUUCCUAUUAUCCUUCGAAAAUGGAGUGAUGUCAAGGACAUAUCAAAUAUUUUGGUGUGGCACAUUGGGACAUGCUACUGCGAACUAGCGCAGCGCCAGAAUGGUUUCUUUCGUUGCUUCCAAAAGGAUAAUGGGUAUUUACUGAAUGAAGAGGAGCGCAAGUAUCAUGGCGUUGCCACCGCUCUGUCCAAAUACUACGCAUACUUGCUGGUUUCAGCGCCACAAUUAGUCUUGGAAGACGUAAACCAUGGGGAAACUACUUGCCGUGAGCUUCGUUCAUCCGCAGGGUUAUGUCUAUCAUCUCGUAAACGCAACAAAUUGGAAGCAAUGAAUAGCUUCGUAGAAUAUGCAACUCCUGACGAUGGUCUCUUCAGUCAAGGUGUGGAGCUGGGGAAGCAGCUCAAUGGGAUGUCUCGGUGUUGGAAGAUCGCUGCAGAUUUCUGGAUCGAAGCUCUGCUCUACGCCGCGCCGUCAGACAGUAACGUGGAAGAGCACGUAAGGCACCUCUCCAAGGGCGGCGAGUUCAUCACGCAUCUCUGGGCUUUGUUGUCGCAUGCCGGCAUCCUAAGUAAAAAGGAGGCUGGACAGCGACGCGGUGGUGAGGCCAUUGUGUAAUCCAGCAAUCACCAUCCUUCAUAUUACGUUCUGUUUGCUGUAUGAAACUGAUCCUUUGCAACUAGAAUAAAUGCCAAGCUCUUUUGGCUGAUUUAGCUGCUGCUACUGACUGGCUUGUUGCCUGUCCAGCCUGUGCUGCGUUCUUUUUCCAGCUGGAUGAGGAAGAUGGAGAAUUUUCUGGUUUUAUAAUAGUCAUUUAAUGGUAUAAACGAUAAAAUAAACUUAUAUAAAUUUGAAAAUGUUGAUGAUGGACUUAAAAACACUUUUCCCAAAAAAAAACAUACCGUCUAGUAAAUCUGAAAUUGCGCGUGUAAAGGUCGGAAAAAAAAAGCUGAGAAAAUUCUAGGAGGAAGAACUUUUUGGUUGUAGUAAUGUUUGUACGCUUUGUGAGAUGAAUUCCACCGGGUAUGUACUAUGUAUCAU